GAGUUGAAUCUCCCCAGCUCAUCUUCCAAAGCCUACGAUGAACAAGUUGCCUUACAAGGUUGGUUGUAAACAAUAAUUAAGAAAAAAAACCCGUAAAUUUACAUAAAUUUAUACACUAUCUUACAUUGCAACCGAUAUUUUUUUUUUAUUCCGCGCACAAUACGGACAUUUUGCCUUGUAGCUUUGGUGUCCGUAUUAACAGGGCUUCACUGUAUGUCUGUUUCUCGAAGAAUUCUUAGAAAUUGAGUCAUGCAAAAUUGAUUUUAUGCUUACAGAAGAAUCCCCUGGAAGACUGAAACAGAAAGCAGGAAAAAAGCGGAAAGUGCAGGAGAUGAUAACUGAAGGUAUACUAAAGGUCAUUUAAAUCCAUAUUAUACAGUUAAACCUCUCUACAAUGGCCACCUUGGGAACAGAAAAAAAUGGCCACUGUAGAGAGUUAGCCGUUGUAGAGAGGCUGAAACAAGAGUGAACGUAUGGACUAUUUGCCGAAACAAAAAUUGCCGUUGUAGAGAGGUAGCCGUUAGUGGAGAUUGGACUGUUGUUGAUAACAGAAAGGAGAGACCUUAUUUAGUCCUUUAAAGUCCAUUUUGUUGUGCCACCCUUUGACUGCAAAGACGAAAACUCAUUUGGUUUUUCCCUAUUUGUUGAUGUGAGGUUUAAAUUAUGUAGUGUUCUAUUAAUUUGGAUUAAACACUCGCUACUAUUUCGGAAUACAAUCGAACCUCCACUAACGACCACCUCUCCACAACGGCCACCAACGGCCACUUCUCUACAACAUAAUGUGAUACAACGUUUCAUUUAAGUCCAUACAUCAUAACAGAAUGCGAAUUUCUUUGUUCCGUGAAACUCGAAGGUCCGUUCGUUUAAAAUCCUGUGAGAUUGGACAGCAGGCGUAGAUGCAGAACCUUUUUAUCAACUUCCGAAUGAGUGAAAACCUGUGUGUUAUGGUUUGUAACAGACGUUUCUAUAAUUUUGUGCCUUGCCAGUCGAAAACCGUUUGUUGAAAGUCCGGAGAGCGGCCAAUUAAGUGUACCUGCAUCACAAAUUAACCUCUGAUUGAAUGGAAGUCUGUGACUUUAUUUUUAGGAAGUCGUGGCCUGUGUAAAGACGCCACCUCCUCCUGUUCCGAUGUAGAUAUUUUCUGGUGUUACCUAAAGUGAGCGAUGUUUGCACUAAUUAUUUAAACUUACGUAGUAAAACGAGGGGGCAUAACAUUAAGAAAGGAUAAAUGUUCUAGAAGUCUAAAUAUCAGUCUGAAAUCAAUGGUUUCCUUUAUACCAUCAUAUCACGUGGGAUCCUUAUUUCUUCCUUUAGUUGAUCCAUUGUUAGCAGAGCUGUCCAUUCCUACAGCGCAUGGAUCCAAUCACGGUCUGACACCUGCUGCACCCUUCAGUGUUAAUCCCCUUCAUAACGUUCAGUAUCCACAGAAUUACUCCUCCCCUGAUAUCUACACCUAUGACCACAGUGCCCCGUCCACCAGCUCUACACCUGGAGGAUCCUUGGGUAUCGAUUCGUACCUUUUCAGAGGUUCUGGCCUGUCUACAGUCACGCAGGUCGAGCCCGAGGUACGUUGUUUGUCUGUUAAUGAGGUAAUGAGGUUGUAUUAACGAAAUUGUUAUUAAACAUUGGCUAGGAUUUAUUUUUGCCGAGAGAGAUUUCAUGGAUCAGGCGCCUUCUUAGUAACUAACGUGUUAAUAGUUAUUGAAAUUCGUUGGGCUAUAAACGUGUUAGAACCUUACGUACAACCCUGUAACUGACCUCGCGCGGCUGUUAGGCUAUAAACUCUGCCGGUAAGACGGACACCGGGUGCUGGUCUCUUCUCUGCCGAGUUUUCCAAUCAUCUACUGCAACUAAACUCUAUAUACUAGUAAGACGCGGACACCACUCUGAGACGGACAAUUGGAGUUGGUAUCCAUUUUGGUGAGCCAACUUGAGACAGAAAGGGUCUGCUGGUUAUUUCCCAGAUCAUACGUUUAGCUGAGUGAUCUUAAAACUGUCAAAUGAUUGUUAGCAGGAGAUCACACGUUUACUUUGGUUCCAUACCGAUAUUGAUUAUUCUGCCUUUGGUCUCGUUUUCAGAGGAACACUCGCCUCUGUACUCAGGACGUGCCGUCACACGAUCCUGGAACCGCAGGACCAGUUCCGGUACCUCUUCAUUCUGCUGGUAAGGUUUCCAUCCGUGUUACAAGGAAAACAAAAUUCUGCAAUCUACUACACUAGUAACGCCAUGACUGACUUGAGUACCAAUAAGACAAUGUACAGGACUUAACGUAGUGCUGCAACUAGUAUUAAACGGUCCUGUCGUCCUUACUACAAUACACAGAUACAGGCCCGGGUGUUUUGAAUAGUUGGAUAGCGCUAUCCACCAGGAAAAUGACCAACAAGAUGAUGAGUAUUUAAGAACCCGAUACCUUUAUGCAUUAGAUAGUGAGAUACCCAGUAAAUAGCACUAUUUACCUUUUGAACUUCUGGGGCUGAAGGCACUUUUGGUCUACAGUCUGUCUUCUAAAAUCUCCAAACUGGACAUUUUCUUGUAUUCACUCAAGUAGGCGUUGCUUUAAUUUCUAAUAUUGUACAAUAACCCAAGAAGGCGUAUAAUGCUAGAAAAGGAGAAAUCUACUUAAAGACCACGAGUGCCGUGAAACCAGUCGUUUACACUGUACCUUCAUGUUAACUCAUGGGAUCUUAAUUUUAAUUUUUUUUCUUUAGGAGCUCCCAUUUCGACGUCGCAUUUCUCCAGCCUCAGCCUGGCACCCUUCAGUGAACAUCCCCUCCGUAACAGAGUCCUGGAAUCACCACUGCAGGCAUGGCAACCGCGAAGUAAUAUUCCAGGGUACCCGUAUCCCCGCAGUUCUAACAUUUCUAGAAUUUUUCUCCCUCCAGUUCACUCUGGAUAUCUUCCCCUGCGUGGAAUACAGGAUCCGUCACAACAGAGAGUUCAGCGCCAAAAUACAAUGCCGGAUGAUCUGAAUCUCGAAGGUUCCACAGUCACCUACCCGCAAGAAAUCCCGGGAUUUCUUUCCCCACAUGGAAUACAAGGAGCGCGUCCUCAUGGAUUGCAACCACAAAGUACGAUGUCAGAUAAUCCAUAUCUCAUUGGUCCUGGCGAAUCAGCCUAUACUCACUCGACAGUUAAUUUGGAAAGUCUCCUCCCUCGUGAAACGCUGAGAUCCCCGCAGUAUGGAUUUCAUCCGCAAAGUGCAAGUCCAAGUUAUCCGCAUCUUCAAUUUAGUGACCCUGUUACGUCUGCAGUGACACACACGCCAGUAAUCCCCGGAAACCGCACGAGAGCCCCGCUGCAAGCACCGCAACCGCUAAGUGCAAGUUCAGGUGAUCUGCAUCUUAGUGGUCCUGUUACGUCUUCAGUCACGCACCCGGCAGUAAUCCCCGCCGGAUAUUCUUACCCGUACGGAAACCACAUGAGAGCCCCACUGCAGGUACCGCUACCGCAAAGUGCAAGUCCAGGUGAUCCGCAUCAUAGUGGUCCAAUGUCUUCCGUCAUACAUCCGCCAGUAAUCCCCGCAUAUUCUUCCUACCCCUACGGAAACCGCAUGAGAGCCCCGCUGCUGGCACCGCAACCGCAAAGUGCAAGUUCAGGUGAUCUGCAUGUUAGUGGUCCUGUUACACCUUCAGUCACGCACCCGCAAGUAAUCUCCGGAUAUUCCUACCCGUAUGGAAACCACAUGAGAGCCCCGUUGCUGGCACCGCAACCGCAAAGUGCAAGUCCAGGUGAUCUGCAUCUUAGUGGAAUCCCUGGAUAUUCCUACCCGUAUGGAAACCGCAUGAGAGCCCCGCUGCUGGCACCGCAACCGCAAAGUGCAAGUCCAGGUGAUCCGCAUCUUAGUGGUCCAAUGUCUUCAGUCAUAGACCCGCCAGUAAUCCCCGGAUUUCUUUCUCCGUCUGGUAUGCAGAGAGGAAGUCCAGAAGUUCAACACGAACGAAAUCCUUCGACUGAAUCUGGUACUUGGCUCAGCCAAUAAGCGGAAUUAAUUUCUUAUGGUGUAAAAUUGUAUAACUUUUCCAUUUUAAGCUUAAUUUGUGCUGCAGUUAUCUUUUAA